AUGCUCCCAUUGAAUGGCUCAGUCUUCAUGCCAUCUGUAUUUACACUCAUUGGGAUUCCCGGCCUGGAGUCAGUUCAGUGUUGGAUUGGGAUUCCAUUCUGUGCCAUGUACAUCAUUGCUGUGGUUGGGAACUCCUUAAUCAUAGUUAUAGUCAAAAAUGAAAACAGCCUCCACAUGCCCAUGUACAUGUUCCUGGCCAUGUUGGCAGCCACAGACAUUGCACUUAGCACUUGUAUUCUUCCCAAAAUGUUAGGAAUCUUCUGGUUUAAUAUGCCAGAGAUUUCUUUUGAUGCCUGCCUGUUGCAAAUGGGGCUUAUUCAUUCAUUCCAGGCAACUGAAUCAGGCGUGUUGCUGGCAAUGGCCCUGGAUCGCUACGUGGCCAUCUGUAACCCCUUGAGACAUGCCACUUUCUUCUCUCGACAACUCUUGACUUACAUUGGUGUUGCUGUGACACUCAGGCCCAUUAUUCUUACAAUCCCAUCCCUGCUUCUCAUCAAAUGCCGCCUUAGGCUCUAUCGAACUACAAUUGUUGCCCACUCUUACUGUGAGCACAUGGCCAUUGUGAAGCUGGCAGCUGAAGAUGUUCGUGUCAACAAGAUAUAUGGGUUGUUUGUUGCCUUUACCAUCCUAGGGUUUGACAUAAUCUUUAUUACUUUGUCUUACCUUCAAAUCUUUAUCACUGUCUUUCAACUGCCUGAGAAGGAGGCAAGAUUCAAGGCCUUCAAUACGUGCAUUGCCCACAUUUGUGUCUUCCUGCAAUUCUACCUUCUUGCUUUCUUCUCCUUCUUUGCACACAGGUUUGGUUCUCAUAUACCACCAUAUGUUCAUAUUCUCUUGUCAAGCCUUUACCUGUUAGUUCCACCUUUUCUCAACCCUAUUGUCUAUGGAGUUAAGACCAAACAAAUCCGUGACAAUGUCUUGAAAAUGUUUUGCUCUAAACAAUCUUCUUGA